UACUGUUGCUUUCCAAGUAUAAUGGGAAUCAAGCGCAGGCGCAUCUUUACUUCCCUUCAAACUGUUAGUAAGUUACACGGUUGCAGUAACAACCGAGUGCUCGAACUUUAACGAUGCAGAAUCCUGGAAUUAAAGUACAUACGUCUCAGUCAUCGGACCACGAGCUUGAGAAAUAUGUGAAUCUCAGUAUUCAGUGGAACCGGUGGCUACUAACAACGAUGGGCAUUUGGCCACAUUCGCGUAAUAUUUCAAAAGCGACUAAAUACUUUAACUUGUUCGUAAACACUGUAUGUUACGGUUUGAUCAGUUUCCUUGCAAUACCGUACAUUGUCUACGGAAUGGUAGACGUAAAGGAUCUCUACACCAGACUGAGAUUGUUCGGUCCGUGUUCAUUUUUUCUAAUGGGAAUUUUGAAAUAUCAUUCCUUAAUUUCCCACGAGGAUGAUAUACGCGAGUGCGUUGAACGGAUCGCGUGGGACUGGAAGAACGUCAAGCAUUCCGAAGAUAGAGACAUCAUGAUAGCCAACGCGAAUUUUGCGAGGCAAUUAAUGAAAAUAUGCCUGUUUUCCGUGUACGGCGGAUUCAUUUUCUAUUAUAUAGCAGUACCUAUCAGUGUUGGAAAAGUUGCAGCCGAGGACGAAAAUUUAACUUUUAUACCGAUGUUGUUUCCUUUUUCGAAAGCCAUCGUCGACACGCGGUACAGCCCUAUCAACGAGAUCGUCUUCUCGAUUCAAUUUUUAGCGGGAAUCGUGAUUCAUGGAAUCGCUGCAUCUGGGUGCAGUUUGGCUGCUGUUCUUGCCAUUCAUGCUUGUGGACAGAUGAAAGUUUUGAUGUCUUGGCUGGACUAUUUGAUAGACGGCCGACCGGAUCUGUGCAAAACGGUGGACGGUAGAAUUGCAAACAUUGUGAACCAACACGUUCGAGUAUUGAAAUUUUUAUCGAUGACAGAGAAAGUGAUGCAACAAAUAUCGUUAGUGGAAUUUAUGGGAUGCACAGCUAAUUUAUGUCUUCUUGGAUAUUAUAUUAUUAUGGAAUGGGAUUCGAACGACUUAACCGUUUCUGCAACUUAUUUCCUACUCCUCUCGUCUUUUCUGUUCAGUAUCUUCAUAUUUUGUUACAUAGGCGAAUUAGUCGCAGAACGGUGUAAACAGAUUGGUGAGAUGUCGUACAUGGUUCGAUGGUAUCGACUAACCGGAAGCAGAAGACUUAGCUUCGUUUUAUUGAUAGCAAUGUCAAAUACAUCGAUAAAUCUUACUGCUGGAAAUAUAGUCAUCUUGUCCCUUAGCACAUUUGGCGAUAUUGUUAAAACGUCCGUCGGAUUUUUGAACAUGUUACGAGCAAACUCCAAAAGAGCCAGUACUAAGUGUCUAUCGAUGGUCCACGAGUACGAGAAAUAUGUAAAUCUCAGCACUCAGUGGAAUCGGUGGCUCUUGAAACCAAUGGGUGCCUGGCCACUGUCGUCUAAUAUCUCGCGAGCAGAGAAAUGCUUUAAUCGGCAAAUAAAUGCCGUUUGUUACGGUUUGAUAAGUUUCCUUUUCAUACCAUGCGGUCUCUACGUGAUGCUGGAAGUGGAGGAUCUCUACAGUAAAAUUAAACUCUUCGGCCCGUUGAUUUUUUGCAUUAUGGCAUAUUUGAAGUACUAUUCGUUAAUCUUCCAUGGGAACGAUAUUCGCGAGUGUCUCGAUCGAAUCGAAUGGGACUGGAAAAACGUUAAGCACUUGGAAGACCGCGACAUCAUGGUAGCAACUGCAAAUUUCGGAAGACGAUUAGUGAAAGUUUCCACCUUUUUCAUGUACAGCGGUUUCAUUUUCUACUAUAUCGCUGUACCUAUAAGCGUUGGGACGAUCGCGGUGGUGGACGAAAAUCUGACGUUCAUUCCGAUGGUGUUUCCGUUCUCGAGACUCCUAGUCGACACUCGGCAGAGUCCAGCCAACGAGAUCCUUUUCACGAUACAAAUGUUAGGAGGUGUCCUGAUUCAUGGAAUCGCGGCUGCUGGCUGCAGUUUAGCCGCAGUUUUUGCAAUGCACGCUUGCGGACAAAUGAAAGUUUUGGUGUGUUUGCUGGACAAUUUAAUAACGGGCCGUUCAGAUAUCCCUAAGUCCGUGGAUGGAAGGAUCGCGAACAUCGCGAGCUCGUCGCCGAACAGUUUAAUCGCGAAUGAACUGAUUCAUUCCCCAACUGGUCUCCGCGAAGCAAUCAUGUUGAACUCGUCUCGUGAAAAUUCGACGAUCAAUAUUGGUUACAAUCAGGACUACGAGUACAGUAUACAGGUGAAUCGUUGGUUCCUGAAGCCAAUAGGGGCCUGGCCCAGGACAAACGAAUCCACUGGUACCGAUAGGUUCCUUGUGAAACUGUUGAAUCUCGUCUGCCAUUCGUUGAUCGUCCUUACGUUUGCGCCAUGCGCGUUGUUCAUCCUGUUCGAGGACACGGACUUGGAAGUGAGAAUGAAUGCGAUCGGUCCGAUGAGUCAUUGGUUGAUGAGCGAGCUGAAUUACUGCUGUUUGCUGUUAAGGGCGAAUGACAUUCGUAGCUGCUUGAAGCACAUGGAGAACGAUUGGAAGGUGGCGAGGCAACCGGAGCAUCGCGAAAUGAUGGUUGAAAAUGCAAAGUUCGGUCGUUUCAUCACGUGCAUCGCCGCGCUGUGCAUGAACCUCGGCGUCUGCUCGUACACCAUAAUCACGGGCUUUCGAAAAACGGUGUUUCACGUCGGUAACGAAACUCUUUCGAUGUAUCGAUUACCAUGCCCAUUUUACACGAAACUGUUGGACGUCAGAUUCAGCCCGGUCAACGAGAUUGUCUUCGGCAUGCAACUGAUGUCCGUCUUCAUCGCCAAUUCCGUCACGGUUGGUGCAUGCGGUUUGGCUGCUGUGUUAGCGACCCAUGCCUGUGGUCAGCUAGACGUAGUGAUGUCUCGUUUGGAUAAUAUGGUGGAUUCGAGAAAGGGACAGACUUCUGCUAGCAAGUUGGCUCAUAUCGUGGAACAUCAUUUACACGCGUUAAGUCUUGUAUUGCGUACAGAAAAAGUGAUGAAUCUUAUAUGUCUCGUUGAGUUAAUGGGAUGCACGUUGAAUUUAUGCCUAAUUGAUUAUUAUUUUCUUACGGAAAAGUCAAAGGAAACCUUAGCCAUAUACGCUAUUGUAUAUGUAUCGAUGACAUUUAAUAUCUUUAUAUUUUGUUAUAUCGGCGAGAGGAUCACGGACCAGUGCACGAAGGUUGGCAAAAGAGCGUACAUGACGAAUUGGUAUUGCUUACCUCACAAGACUGCCGCUGGUUUAAUCUUAUUAAUCUCAAGAUCAAGCAUGGUGACCAAAAUUACUGCCGGCAAAUUAGUCAAUAUAUCUCUCGCAACUUUUGGCGACGUAUUUAAAACGUCUUUUACAUACUUCAACAUGCUUCGCACGGUUGCAAUGUAGACUGAUACAUUGUUGAGAAGAAAAAGAAACGUUAUUUACGUGUAUAAACUCGUAUAGGUUCGUAAAAACGAAAAAGAAUACAUUCUCGUUGCUGUAUGUUAAACUAACGAGUAACUACGAAUAAACUACGAACAGUGCGGGCAUUAAAGUCACCCUCCAAAACGGCGAUUUCGUCGUUUACGAUGAGAUUUUCACUUCGAACUCCACCUUUUUCAUGUAAACGAUUUAAAUCGCGUUUUCUUUCCUUGUCCCUCAUCUCCCCAAAAAAAUAUGCCACAAUAAACGAGAAAACGAACAUCGCUCCUUGUUUUUUGACCGCG